AUGCAAUUCUCCAGCUUCAGUAUUGACAAGAACUACGUGUUCCUUCUUUGCAAUGGCAUUCUAGUUUUAAUUGUCAAGAACUCUGGUCUCAAAAUCAGCAAUUCUCAUCAAGACACUACCACUAGCCUUUGCGGUGAGAAAAACAUAAAGAGUGGAGGCAGUCCACAGAAAGUAGUUGAAGUAUCAGAUAUCACGAAACCGGCAUUGGUUGCAGAGGAAAAGGUUAUAAUGGAAGUGAAAGAAGUACAAAAGGUUGUGAUGGAAGAGAAAGAAGUACAAGAAGCCAUAAAAGACAAGACUUUGGUUAUCGCAGGAGGAGAUGAACAAGGAGAUCAUGAGAUUAUUGUUAUUGAUGAAGAUGGAGAAGGAGAUGAAGAGGAAGUAAUUGGGUUGCUUAGUACAGAGGAAUUGAACAAGAAAUGUGAUGAUUUUAUAAGAAAGAUGAGAGAUGAAAUCAAAUUUGAAGCUCAACAACUUAUCAUGGUUCGAUAUUAA